GCUUUAGGACAGGAGCCUACAGUUCUUGGGGAAGCUCUCACGAAAGAAUGAGACCAGCAGUUGUAUUUGAAUAAGGGGAAAUUAUUGUUUUCCAUCUCUAAGCAUUUAAUUUAAUAUUUAAUAAAAGGAGUAGGGUAAGGGUUGUUUUUGUGGGGCUUCUAGAGUGUUUUCCCCUCACCAAUACACUGGGUGAUUGUAACGGCUGAAAGGUUGCUUUCUGUUUGGAGAUCUGUGCACACAGUAUGUUUUUUGAACUUCACCAUGCUUAAGUUAUGUUGGAGAAAACUAUGAUGGCAUUAAAGGACGCGGCGGCGGAGGAGCGCGGCGGGCGGCGGCGGGCGGCCCGGCUGUGGGCUGAGGUGGAGCAGGAGCGGCGGCUGGACGAGGCCGUGCGCAGGGGCGAGGAGAGGCAGCAGCAGAGGGAGCGGCAGCUGCAGCAGGAGGAGCGGCUGGCGGCUGAGCUGGCCCGGCUCAAGCACGAGAAGCUGAAGGACGAAAAGAUGCGGCAGCAAGUGCGGGAGAACAGUCUUGAACUUCGAGAGUUAGAAAAAAAACUGAAAUCUGCUUAUAUGAAUAAGGAGCGAGCUGCACAAAUUGCUGAAAAAGAAGCUAUACAGUAUGAGAAAAUGAAACGUGAUGCUGAAAUAGCCCAAAAGAUGAAGGAAGAGUAUGAAAGGGUAGCAAAAGAAGAAAGUUCUGCAGAACUAAGGCGAAACAAGGAGAAAAUAAUUUAUCAGCAAGAACUGGAGAAACAGCUUGAGGAACAAGAGAGGAAGAGGCAGGAUGCUUAUGAAGAGUUUCUAAAAGAGAAACUCAUGAUUGAUGAAAUCGUAAGAAAGAUCUAUGAGGAAGACCAAAUGGAAAAACAACUAAAGUUAGAAAAAAUGAGAGCAACUCAGAUGUAUAUCGAUGAAUUUAAAAAAGAACAAGCUAUCUGGAGGCAGAGGAAACGGGAAGAAAUGGAAGAAGAAAAUAAGAAAAUCAUGGAGUUUGCCAACCGUCAGCAACAAAGAGAAGAAGAUCGGAUGGCUAAAGUUCGAGACAUGGAGGAGAAAAAGCAAAGACUUCAAGCCAUGAUUGCCCAGAAUCUACAGAGGGAACAACAGAAGCGUGAAGAACUGGAACAACUACGACAAGAGCUGUAUAUGGAAGAACAAGCCGAGACAGAGAGGAAGAAAGAGAUGGCAGAAAUUGAAAAGAAAAUAAGGCAACGUCUAGACUUAAAGCAAACAUAUGAAGAGCAAUUUGCUUUAAAGAAGAUAGCGCGACAGGCUAUGCAAGAAGAGGAAGAAGCCUUCAGACAACAGAUGUUGGCCAAGCUUGCAGAGGAUGAUCGCAUUGAACAGAUGAAUGCUCAGAAACGAAGAAUGAAACAGCUUGAACACAAAAGGGCUGUGGAAAAACUUAUUGAAGACCGUCGCAGGCAAUUUAUUGCAGAUAAAGAACGUGAACUCGAAGAAAGGCAGUUAGAGGAGAAAAGACAAGAAAACAUUCGUCUAAUUGUUGAAGAAGAGAGACAGAAACUCCUGAAAGAGCACGCAUCUAAAUUACUGGGUUAUCUUCCUAGAGGAAUACUCCAAGGUGAAGAUGACAUUAACAUGCUUGGUGAGGAAUUCAGGCUGGCUUACCAAAAGAGAAGAGAUAAUGCAUUUUCUGAAGAGGGAUGAAAUUUCCACCAUCUCCUCUCCUGGUUUGCCACUAGAUGUCAUCUGACUUCUAAUGAAAAUUUCUGUUGAUGUUAACAGCGAGGAGCUCCUUUUUAUUGUCAAAAAGCCUCCAUUUUAAGACUGGAAGAUCUGAGGGACAGCGACUUUUAUUUAACUGUGUAUUGUAGUUGCAUUUUUCACCAAUAAACUGUUAGGAAGUUGAGUUAUUAUUUGUCAGUUACAUCGGACAAUUGAGUUUGGGGUUGAAGCAAUGUUUAAAGAUGUUUUCUCUAGCAACUGAACAGAAACUUGAGACCCUGUAAAUUCAGAUGGAUAUUUCAUAAUAGACUGUAACAUCCUGAUGCACUAUUUUUGGUUUUAAUUUAAAUAUUUAUCUAUAUUUGCAUAUAACACUAUUAAAACACUACUUUAAAUAUUUCUCCUUA